UAACUAAUUGGAUAAGCGUCACUGUUUACCAUGGAUACUAUGGAAGUGGAAUCGGUAGAUAAACUAUUUGACUGGAAUAUGGAAUUAGAAGAACCAUUGGAUCCAAUGAUCCCAUACUUAAUUCCAAUGAUUGGUACCAUGGCAAGAUUGGUGCUAGAGAAGAGACAUAAUCAACAGUUGAUGGCACAUAAACAUAUAGCUGUAUCAACAUGGCUAGAUGCAAUUGGACUUGUAGAAUAUUUACCACAUUUUACCAAAUAUGUGGGGGUUGAGGAUUUGUUAUAUCUAACAGAAUCAGAAAUAAGAGAUCUUGGAGUUCAUAAUGGUGGACAUCGCGCGAAAAUAGUUUCCAGUUUACGAAUACUUCGUGAAAAGUAUGAAAAAGGACGAAGUCAUCAUUCACCAAUUCACUCACCUGGUCCCGCUCAUUUACCACCACCUGGCAUACAAGUUUCACCACCAUCUCCCUACAGUCAUCCAGAUUAUUCGAGCCUAAAUAGUUCUCAAGAAAAACUUCAGGAGGUUCUGCAACGAGAAUUGGAAUCGGACCCAUCAGAGUUAAAGAGUCAUGGGUGGUACCAUGGUAACAUCUCCCGGCAGCGAGCAGAAGUCAUAGUAAAAGAAAAUGGCGAUUUUUUAGUGCGUGACUGUAUUUCUAAGCCAGGUGAUUUUGUGCUUACUUGUUGUUGGUCUGGAGUUCCAUUACAUUUUAUGAUCAACGCCAACAUCCAGUCUGUACAAGGUGGACAAAUUCCGCAAAUAUCUUAUCAAUUUGAAGAAGAGUCUUUCGAUACAAUACAGAAUUUGAUUAACUUUUAUUUAACACAGAAUAAAUUCAUCACUCGUACUUCCAAAGCCAAACUCAAGAAACCUAUAAAACGUUCAAUGCCACUGAGCUAUUAUGAUUCCAAAUAUGGAGCUUUGAGUAAUUUAUCAACUGUCGGUGUUUACACACCAUCGCAAAGUCCGAGACCUAGUCCUUUUGUUUCUCCAGCCGUUAGUCCAUCAACGAGUCCAAAAAUGCAACGAAGGACACCAAAACGAACAGGAAGUCAGCCAUUGUUGUCUGUGGAUGAGAUUAGAGAUACACGAAUAGGUUCCAAUGCCAUGGAUCGUUGUGACAGUUUACCGGUGAUUAAUACACCACAAACUAAACAUCGAUCUCCCUCGAGAGAACAUCCAGUUACGCGAUAUCAUCAAAGAUCAGGCAGCGAACCUGUCUUAAUGCCUACUCAAUCGGAGCAAAAAUCAAUUCAAAAAGGAACUGGACAAUCAGGAUCAGACAGUGAUUUAACAAAGCCUCCACCGCCGAAACCCAGUCGAAUCCCUUCUAUAAAAUAUAAACAACGACCAAAGGUUUUAGUCAGGAAUGUUGCGUUAUAUGAAGAUGAUGACGGAAGAGAUUAUUCUGAUUACUAUCAGGUGAAAGAGGAACCGAGUUGGGCCAAGGGAAAAACCUCUCUUGCACCUGACAUUAAAACUCCAACAGCAUUAACUAGUCCUCCGAAAAUCUAUGACAAUAAUUUUAAUACUCUGAAAAAUUCCUCCCAUAAUCUUAAUUCACAUACGAUAUACGGAAAAUUUUUAAGUAAUCGUGUGUUUCCAGAGCUGGAUUCUCCGACUAAGGAUAUUCGAUAUGAUGAAGAUAUUUACAACAUAAAUAUCAAGUAUGAUACCAUGUAUCUAAAAAAACGUAAAAUGACAAAACCAGUGAUGCGCAAUUCUUCAAGCUUUAAUGUUCGUACAAGUGAAUUCGCAGUCUUGCCAAACGACUGUAAACCGUUAGAGGCUGGAAGUAUGAUAAAGUUGAAAUCCACGUUAUUAGAAAAAGAUGCCCGAGUGCUGGCUCUACAUUGUACUAAGAUGGAUUUAGAUGCUGUUCAUGUUUUAACAAAUGAGGAUCAUGGAAUGGGGGUAGAAUCGGGGCUAGAGUUAUUGACCCUGCCUCAGGGUAAAGAUUUAAGACAGGAUAUUAUAGAAAGAUGUCAUUGUAUGAAGUUAUUUGUUAUUGUCAGUAUUUUAACAUGCAGUACAGUCAGUGAACGAGCUAAUAUGAUGAGUCAAUGGAUUUUGAUAUCCUUAGAAUUAAAACUAUUGGGUAAUCUAUUUAGUUUUGUUAAUGUUAUGGAUGGACUUACUUCACAACAGGUGUCAAGAUUAAAGACAACCAGAUUAAUAUUACGUCAAAAUCACACCAAUAGUGCUUACACCUUCGACACAAAACUCAAGGCAGCCUAUAAAGCUUUAAAUGAGGGUAGCAGUUCUCUCCCUUUACAAAAUGUGUGCGUGCCAAAUAUUAACCCUCUAGUGUAUUUAUUGGAACGAGAUUUAGAUAGUCUGCUCAAUGAACUAACAUGGGAACGCAACAACCCUGUGGCAGGGUUAGAUAUGUUUCUUACACAUUUGGAUACUGCGCGUGUCAUUGCUGCUCAAGUUGAACUCUAUCAAAUUACAGGAAGUGCUGUAAUGGCCGAUUUUCAUGGUGAUCGUGACAUUUUAGAUAUGUUUGACACUGCCUUUCAUCUUAAAUUGUUAUGGGGAGCCAGAGGUGCCAGUGUAAAUCGUAAAGACAGACAUCGUAAAUUUGACCAAUUGUUGAUUAUUCUAUCCGAAAGAGCUGAAGCAUCGAAUGAUGAGGGAACGGCGGUGUGAUUUGUAAUAUUCUAUAUUUAAGAUCUCAGUUCAUUCUCCGAAUUCAUGAUAUAAUUUUUUUAAGAAAAGAUCCAUAAAUUUCUAUAUUUUAUAUCUAUUGGUUUCAAAUUCAAUAUAUGUUCAGUCAUAGAUAUAGAUAAAUAAUAUAUUAAUCAAUACAAUUGCUUUGUUUAGUAUAUGUCCCUCAUUAAGACUAGAGAAUCUUAAUCAAAACAUUGCUCAGUAAUUUUUUCACAUUAAUUUUAGUUUGAUUGAAGAAAGUCUGAAUCUAAAUUGUUUAUGUAACUACUCGAUAACCUAGGUUUUUUUUUUCUUUAAAUGACAUUUAGUAGUUAAGAUAAACCCAAAAUAUAUGACAUAUUUAAAUGCAAUUCAUAAUUGUUUGGCUUUGAGAAUAUCUAAUGAGUUUGGCUUUGUGUUGUAUCAGUGUUAUGUAUCGGCACAUGUCUAUAUGUAAUGAUAUAUGCAUAAUAUCAUAUAUUUUUGGUUACACAUAUAUAUGUUGAAAUAUUUAAUGUUUGAAUGAACACAAGAUUGGACCUAAAACAUUGCAUUUAAAUCUCUUUUUUAUUAGACUACAUGAACAAACUGUUUACUGUUUGUUAUAUAAUGUCAAUUCAAAUUCAAAUCAGAAUUUGUUAAGUUUCUGUCUAAUAUGAAAUAUUUGUUGCGUCUAUUACUCAAAUGAAAGAAAUUAGCCUAUAUUUAUUUGGAAGAAUUUGACUUUCUAAACUUCUGAAAAAUGCCCAAAACUGAACCAAAUAUUUAUUUCAUUUCGACUUUUCAAAUACCGGUAUGGCAGCAUUCGAAUUGUGACUAGUAAAAUUAGCAUUACAAUAAAUAUUGACAUAAUACAACAAGACUCAGUAUUAUGAAAAUCUAUAAAUUCUUUUCUGGAAAGAAAUUAUUUAAAAAAAAUUAUAAGUACAUUGUUUAAAAUUAUAAUCAUAAAUUAUGCAAUGGUUUCAAUGACAAAGAACAAAUGUAUACUCUCAGUACUGUAAUUAAGUAAAGAGUUGUAUGUGAUAUAUCAUGAUUUAAAAAUAAAAUAUAUAAAUACAUUGUUUAAAAUUAUAUUCAUAAAUUAUGCAAUGGUUUCAAUGACAAAGAACAAAUGUAUACUGUCAGUACUGUAAUUAAGUAAAGAGUUAUAUGUGAUAUAUCAUGAUUAAUAAGAUAAGUACAAAUUAAUAUAAAGUAGGUAAUAUGGUAAGCAACAAAAUUAUCUGAUGAUAUUGAUAGUAAUGGAUUCAGCAUUUGAUGUUUUCACUACAACACACUGUCCACACAAUAUAAAAUAUCUAAUAUUUUUAUGAUGCAUUUAUAAUUAAUAGUUUGUAACUAUUUUAUCAACUGACUAUAGCUCUGUAUUAUUUAGUAAAGUAUUUAUUGUCAUGCAUAAUGUAGACAAUUUACUUAGUAUGCAGUUGUUAAAACAUGGUUUAUGUACUCACUAAAAUGUGAUAAUUUGACAUGUAUGAAAUUAAGGCCACAACAAAUUGAUUUUCUGUUCUUUGGGGUCUUGAUAAAUAAAUGACCACUUAACUCUUAACUGAUGCAUAGUGACUUUUGUCGACACCUAUAACAUUACCGUUAAAAUUACUGGCAACUUUUGUUGACAAAACCAUUUAGCUAAAUGCAAUGCUUCUGGAGGCAGACCACCAUUAAAUUUCACCAUCUCGGUACCCAACGAAUUGUAGUUCGUCUAUUUAUAGCAAUUCUCUCUCUCUCUUUUCUCCCCUUUUGCAUGCCCAUUUUUGUUGAUUUUUUGGUCUAGAAUGGACGAAGAGGGUUUGAAUUAACAUUUUCUGCCAGGUUUUGGUAAAUAUUCAUGAUUUUGAGGCGGAAGGAUAACAGGGUUAUCAGGUUGGCUACGGCGAUAUGUACGGCAACUAGUUACAUGUUUUUAGUAUGCUUCUUCAAGUUUGUGUAUCUCAAAAUUUUGGUGGUCAACCCCAUACAAAUUUUAGUGCGAAGACAUGACCAUUUAUUCCUCUGUCUGUAGUGAAAAGCAUUCAGCCCAACGAAAAUUUGGGGAAAAGUUGGAGGUGGGCAAAGAGGCCAGAAUUAACAUUGAAGUCAAUGGGGAAAUUAAUGGUGGUCUGCCUCCUUCUAGCAUAAUGAUAGUUACUUUCCUUAUGAACAGACAAAUUUUUUCUUGUUUGUUUACAUCCUGUUUUGACAGUUAAAAAUCUUACUGUUUGAUUUUAUCUGUGGUUUAGAUUUUUAUAGUUUUGCGUUAGAACGUGAUAGGCUAGUUAGUAGGCCUACUGAUAAUAGUGAUAAGUCACGUGAUACAAGCAAGUGGGCUUAAUCAACAAAUUACUUAAAUAAGCUUAAAUCAAAAGAGAUUCAUGAUGAAUGAUUUUUAGUUCACAACAGACAGACAAAAAAAUAGAACUAACCAUUAUAUACAUGAAUUUUGCAUGAAAUGUCUAAAUUAAUAUUUGGUAUAAAAUUCAUAUUAAUGAAAAUAACAUUAAAUUUAGAUUAUUUCAUCCAUUUACAUGUUGGGUCUAUCUACAGUUGUUAUUUAAUGAAAUGAUUUUAAAAUGCAUAUCUAUAUUUUAACACUAUUGAUCAUUAUGACAGGUUUUUUUUUUUUUUUUUUUUUUUUAUAACGUUAUGAAGUCAAACCUCUGUGUCAUUUAAGAGUUCAAUCGUGUGAAAGAUGUUUUAUUGUCUACGAUAUCACCUUAGGUGGAAGUGGACGUAAAACCCCAGAAACGAACGAACGAAAGAUGUUUUGUUUGAAAUUUCAAAACUUAAAAAAAUGAGACUAAAUGCUUUUUAACUGCACAACCAAGUAUUUUUGUUUAUAGAUAAGUCUUUUUCCCCAAAGAAAUAAGACAAAUUUCUAUGUGUAUUCCCAAUGAACAGAAAAUCAAAUUGAUGUGGCUUAAGUAAUCAUACAUUUGUAUGUUAUCAAAUUCGCAUCAUUAUGUUUGUAAAUUCGCAUCAUUAUAUAAGCAAAAUAUUUGGUCUGUUUUUCGUAGACUGAAUUGAGGAAGCAGAAAUCUGAUUUUCAGCAGUAAUUUCUACAAUGAUUGACAUCACAAAUUGGUCACUUAUUCGUCAAUGUGUGUCUACUUUUACAUAACAACAUUCUGUCAGUAAUACAAAAUUAACCAGCAGCAUAAUUUUUAUCAGAUCUCAACGGUAAAUCUCACCGCUGCGCAAAAGGUACAGUCCCUAAUUACCAUGAUAUAAUAAACUGAGAACUUAAUAAGUGGGACAAACAAAAUUGAGUUUUAAUAAUAUACUAAAGACUGUAUAUAUACAUUCUAGGUAAAUAUGAGCAAAAUAUUCAUUAUCUGUUAAUCAUCCGUAAUUCAUUGUAUGUUUUUAUGUAUGCUACUGUACUAUUUGAGAUCUAUGAUAUUUGAUUAAGUUUAUAUGAUUCUGAUAAAUAUGUAAUUUUAUAUAUGAAUUUGUAAAAAGGUCCUAUUGUUAUCAUUUGCUUUGUUAUAUGUUGUUUUAAUUAUAGUGCUAUUAAUAAAAUACAGUCAU